AUGAUACGUACACCAACUCGGCAAUGUAUUACAAGAUUAAAGACGGAUUAUAAAAAUUUAAUUAAAGAUCCGAUUCCAUUGGUUGAAGCAGUUCCAUUAGAGGAAAAUAUUUGUGAGUGGCAUUUUUGCAUAACUGGUGCCUCUGAUACACCAUAUUAUGGUGGUUAUUAUCACGGAAAAUUAAUUUUUCCACCGGAAUUUCCUUUUAAACCACCAUCAAUUUAUAUGAUAACACCUAGUGGGCGUUUUAAAACGGAUGUAAGAUUAUGUUUGUCAAUAUCUGAUUUUCAUCCAGAUACUUGGAAUCCUUGUUGGAAUGCUGGUACAAUUGUAUCAGGUUUAAUUUCAUUCAUGAAUGGAACAGCUGUUACACUUGGAAGUAUUGAAACUACCGAUGAAGAAAAAAGAAAACUUGCAAAACAAAGUUUGGCUUUUAACCUUAAAGAUAAGCUAUUCGUAAAACUCUUUCCAUCUACUGCAAAAAAAAUUGGUGCUGAACUUAGAGAAUUGGCAUUGACAGAUAAAGAAUAUGUUAAACCACUUCGUUCUGACUAUGUUAAAAAUUCUAGUGAAAAUAAUAGAAUUGACAAUGAGGCUACCGUAUUGUUUCUUAUAUACUGUGCCGGUGGUGCCUUAGCAUUGUCAUUAAUUAUCUCUGCUGUGAAAUACUAUUUAUGGGUUUAA